AUGGAACACUCAAAACCUGUCUCGUCAGAGUCCCCAGAUGGCCACCAAAAUGACUCUAAGCAACCGGAGAAUCAUGGUAUCAUCAACGAAGCUUCAACUGACUCUCUGGGUUCGCGUCCAUCGACCCCUGACUAUGAACCAGACCUCCCUGAUGACCACAGAGAGGGAAUUGAGCCCGCCGAAGAGAAAAAGGCCACCAAAGGCCGAUUUGGCGCAGAAGUAUGCAUGAAGUAUCUACUUCGGGUAUGCGAAAACACUCCCUAUAACGGCUCUGGUGAUCUUCACACUAAGCAGAGUUCUCGCUCUCUCCGCCGCUCACGACUCAUGCGUCGAGGCUUGAUUCGUCGUCAAUUUGCCAGAGGCAGAGGAAAUCCAUCCGUCAACUGGUGCAAACAAGUGCAGUGCGACUACGAAUUCGUCAUCUUCACAAACCCUUUUCUCUACCUUGCGAAUCGUCCAAAAAGUCUCGAAGGACUCCAUGCCGAUGUGUACUUUCAUGACUUUGCUAAUGCGAUAGUCACGAAGCUCUUUGCCAUCGAGGACAGCAAGGCCAAGAAACGCAAGGCUCUGGAAAUAUCAUCCUUUGUUGAUUCUCCGCCUGUUCGAGUUGCCUUUUCGCAUUUCAUGGAUUGGUAUGACUUGCUGGGCUUCAAGCUCACUGAUCGCCAAUUCAGUCGAGCUCUGGUUGCAGUUCAGCCAGCAUUCCAAGGCCUCAUGUUCGGAGUCAAAACGGCUGUGAGGAUUGAGCUUGUUCACAAUUACAUCGUCCCUCCAACCGAAGACCUGAUGCAGUGGACUCCUCAUCAGCUCAUCCUACGCUUUCUCAUCUGGUGCGAAAUAUGGCGGCAGCAAAAGACACCUCGCUCAGAACUCUGGAAGCUCGGUUCCAGUAAAGCAGCGACCGAGUUUCUCACUGCCGUGCUUCUCAACUACAAGAUGAUGUGGCGAGAGGGUUGUUUGUAUACAAGUAGAACCGAAACGAACCUGAUUUGGGAUCGAGUUUGGGACGAUUGGCUGCGCAAAUACUCUCUACAGGAGAUUGAUGAAGUUGUCAAUGGCGAGUUCUUCUAUCCUCGAGAUCAGUUCGAGAUGUCGGAGGAAGAGGUCUUUAAAGAGGUGGGAUAUCUUGGAGGUAUUGGUCAGUGUGAUGAUACUUACAGGCCUGUCAAGUGUUUUCUGGGAUAUGCGGAGGAUAGGCUAAUGCAUUUAUGA